AUGGCGAGCGCCGCGAAUGCAGGAAACACAAUAAAAGUGGUUGCGCGGUUUCGUCCCCCGAACAAGGCAGAGCUAGCGAGUGGAGGAGAUCAAAUAGUGGAUUUCGAGACGGAUGAUACAUGCAGCAUCAAUUCUCAUGAAGCAGCCGGCGCAUUCACCUUUGACCGGGUAUUCGACACAACCUCGCGGCAAACAGAUGUUUUUGACUUCUCAAUCCGCUCUACGGUCGACGACAUACUCAAUGGCUACAAUGGCACGGUCUUCGCCUAUGGGCAGACUGGGGCGGGCAAAUCCUACACGAUGAUGGGCGCCGAUAUUGACGAUGAGGAUCAAAGAGGAAUCAUACCCCGGAUAGUGGAGCAGAUGUUUACCAGCAUAUUAAGGAGUCCUGGGAACAUUGAGUACACCGUUCGGGUUAGCUAUAUGGAGAUCUAUAUGGAAAAAAUCCGGGAUCUGUUGGUACCUCAGAAUGACAAUUUACCGAUACACGAAGAGAAGAGCAGGGGAGUCUAUGUCAAGGGCCUCUUGAAAUCUACGUCUCGAGUGUCCAAGAAGUCUACGAGGUCAUGA